GCUGUAUGCUGGGACGGUAAUGGCGCGCGUUUAAAUUUGAUGGCGAUGAGCCGGGAAUGAGGAUGAAAAGGUUCAGUAAAUACGAUAAAGCGAAGGAUUUUAAGAGGCAGAAGCUACUAAAAGAGAUUGAAGACCGAAAGCUUCCAUAUUUAACACCUGAAGAUGUGGAAUUUGAGCAGCUGUUAAAGGCUAAAUAUUCCAAAUUACACUUGAGCCAAGCCAGCAAUGUACCUGUGGAAAUUCAUCAAAAAGUUCAUCAAGGAUUGACGGCUCUGCGAGAUUACAAAUGUUUUGCACAAGAUCUUGUUCAAAUAAAAGGCAAAGAUGUCCUUACACCAGUAUAUCGACUACUUAUAGGAAUCCCAGGUCACACGUACCGUUACUUAGAUACGAGGCUGUUUGCAAUCCCUUGGCCUACCCAUGGUGCUGAGGUGAUGUACAGCAACGAUGAAAUAGGUAAAGCCUGCCAAGCUAUUAAAGAUCUUAAUGAAUACUUACAUGAGGAAGCAAUGAAGAUUUUAUUGAAUCGUCAUUCAGCUGCUGAUGAAGAAAUGGGAUUUCUGGUGAAGCCAACUUCUUCAUCUGAGCACUCUGACAGUGUGAAAGGAGUUCAUUGCAAUCAACAAAGCAGUGCUGAUACUGUGCUAAAAAAUGGAACUUCUUUUAAUGUGGCUCUUCUGAACUACAUGGACCCUUCAAAAAUGACGUACUUAAAAGAGGAACCUUACUUUGGAAUGGGAAAGAUGGCUGUGAGUUGGCAUCAUGAUGAGAACCUGGUGGAAAGGUCAACUGUUGCAGUGUAUAACUACAGCUGUGAAGAUUUAGGACCUGCAUCAGAUCAAAGCAACAAGAGCUCAUUUACGGGCAGAGACCCAACACUCUGGCAUGUUGGCCUAAAAAUAGCCUGGGACAUUGCAACACCAGGGCUGACACUGCCACUAUACCCUGGUGACUGUUACUUCAUGCUUGAUGAUUUUAAUAUGACCCACCAACAUUGUGUGCUGUCUGGAAUGCAGGCUCGAUUCAGCUCUACACACAGAGUAGCAGAGUGUUCAAGUGGUACUUUGGACUAUAUCUUUGGGCGCUGUGAUGUAGCCAUGAAGAACCUGCAAAAAGAUUCAACACUGGGCGUUUCCUCCCUAACUUCCUUGAAUGUUGAAUUUGUCAGACAAACAGAAGAGAUCCACAAUGAGGUGGAGUUUGAGUGGUUGCGGCAAUUCUGGUUUCAAGGAAAGCGUUCUGCAAAACUGUGUAACUGGUGGUUUGGACCGAUGGCUGUGCUGGAGAAUUCCUGGAAGGAAAUGGAGCAAAUGACAAAGAUUUUGCUGUGGGAAAUCAAUAAAAUGGAAUGGAGUUUGGAGGAAAACCAGAAAAUUAUUUGUUGUCUUUUGCCACUGCUUGAGGAGCGACAAGAAAUGAGAAAGAUCUGGGUGGUAAGAUUUCCAGCACCUGGAGCAUUUUGCUGUCACAUUCCACUGAUGGACAUAUAGACCAACAUUGGAGUGCAAUUGAAAAGUUCCUGAUACUAAAACAAGUUCAAGUUAAUCCCAAGUUGUUGACAGUUACACUGAGAAAUGCCAGCAGUUUGGUGUUUAUCUGUGAUAUUUCCCAGCAAGAUCUAACCCAGCAAAUUUGUUAUAUAAUGAUAGACAGUCUUGGUCUUGUUUCUGCUGUUUAUUAUUGCAUUAACACUGACAAGAAAUUAUUUAUUGAUGUGGCUGACUUGGAAUUUUCUCAAGAUUGCACAGUUCAAGUUCCUCACACAACAUGACUGGACAAACCAACAUAAAAGAUUGAGGAAUUUUGAGUGCAGCUUAAGUCCACCUCAGGUCAAGUUUCCACAUUGACUUUCACCGAUUUAAAAACCAGCAGCUCCUACCUACACAGAAAGCUGUCUGAAUCAUUCAGACUCAAUCAGACUGAAUCAUUCACCAUACCAUAUUUUCCACAAAUUGGCCCCUUCUGCAGCCCAAUGAGGAAGCCCUUAAAAUGAAACUCUAUGGAGCUGAUACUCUAAGUUUUUCUUCUGAACACUCUUUAGAAUAGUGACUCUUCAUUACAGUAAAAAUAUUCUGGACUCCAGUGUACCAAGUCACAUAAAGCAGUAUUAGAGCAGGUGCUUUCUGCAGUUGGUUUAAUGGAACAUUUUAAAGAAGAUGGAAAAUAGAAAGGCAGAGAUUUAAGAAGGAAUUUCUGAGAUUUGGCUUACAUCACCACUGCUGAUUGGUUAAAAUUGGGUUAUCUCAAAGAGCCAUUAGACCAUAAAAAAGUAGAAACAGUAUAUUCAACCCUUCAAGCUAUUCUACAUUCAGUAUGAUCAUUCCUCACAUCCACUUUCUUGCCCUUUCCCUAUAACCCGUGCAUCUCUUAUUGAUUAGAUAUAUAUUGAUCUUAGCUUUAAUUGAGCUUAGUUAAAUGUACAAGAGCUCUGCCCCCACUGCUCUCUGUGGCAAACAGUUCCAAAGGCAUAAUCAUCAAAGAGAAGGAAGUCUUUCUAACCUGCAGCUUUCUGCAGUUUUUCUCCAUUGAAAGAAUACUCUGUAUUUCAUGUUCUUCCACCAAAAUAAACAGCUUCACAUUUUCCCUCACUAUACUAAGUUUACAAGCAUUUUGCCCAUCAACAUAAUCUAACAAUAUUUUUAAUUUAUACAGCUUGUUUUCCUACCUAAUUUUUGAGUUGUCCUCAAAUUUAGUUAUUGUAUACUUGCUCCCUUCCUACUACUAAUCAUUAAUAUAUUUAUCGUAAACAGCUGCAGUUAAGUUCUGAUCCCUGGGACCGAUCUAAAACUAAUCCCUUUAUCCUUACUUGCUGAGUACUGCCUGCAUACGUCCAGCAUUAUAGCCCCUUGUUACUAACUCUUUGUGAGACACCUUGUUAAGCACCUGGAUUUCUAAAGUUAAGAUUUCAUCAAAACACACUAAAAAAUGUGUCAGAUGUGCUUUCCACACCAUGUAGCAUUCUGAUUCUGCUUGAAUCAAAUCAUUAUUUUCCAAAUGUUCUGCCAUUACUUCCUUAAUGAUUAAUUCAUUUAACAUGUUCACAACAAUGGAUGUUAGGCUAAUCUCUUUAUUUGCUCAAUUUUUGAUUCUUAUUUUUUGAGUAGGAGAAUCACAUGGCAGUUUUCUGAUGCUCUACAGAAUCUAAGGAAUUUUAGAAAAUUGCAGCAGAAAGAGUAGAUUACAACUAAAGAAAAAAGAGAUGAAUAUGGGUUAUAUUGGAGGGUUAUAGGGCUAAAAAAUACUUUACAAGGAUAAAAAGGGACAAGACUGUGAAGAGGUUUGAAAAGUAGGUGGGAACCUUAAAUGUUUUGCAACUUAGAUAUAUGUCAGUCUAGAUGCACAAAAUGAUGAGUGAACAGGCAUUGGUGUGAAUUAUGAUAUGGAAAGCAGUAAUGACAAAGACAAGUCCACAGAAUAAAAAAAAUGAAGUCCAGUUACCCACUGUGUUUGUAAUUUGCAUGAAGAAUGAGGGAAAGAAGCAAAGAAUAAAACCAUAAUGAUGUAAUUCUAAGAAUAAAAAUGAGCAAAUCAAAAUUUUUCUCUUCUGUAAGAUGCAGUUCUGUAAAUACAGAACCCAGCCCUGAAGUCUUGUUUUUACAUUCAAGAUCCACAGACUUGCUCUUGACCUUACAAUUACUCCAUUUGGAACAGCAUUGAUGGUGUAAUAAAUGUGGCAACUGGUCCCUCUUCUGCCAUAUCGUAAUUUAGAGCUGUUAGUUUAUAAGGUGAAAGUACAGACAGAGUGUUCAUUACUGCAGAGCUGACGGAUUGUCAAUAGAGCUGCUUUUUAGUUUGUUCUAGUCAGCAUUUGCUGAAUGUUUUGUUGCACCAUUGGGAAAUGUAUACAACAAGAUUAUACAUUAGAAUAUCGCAAAACCACAUGAAGAAAAACCAACAAAUGAUAAAUUAUACACUUGCUGGUAUGUGACAUGCCAUCUUCUACUAUUAAGUUCCAGAGAUAAUUGGAAUGAAUUGUAAUUGCAACUUAAGUUUUACCCUCUAAUACAUUGAUUGUCAAUUUUAAUUGUUAUGUACCAAUCCCUAAAAAUGUAAUAACUGGACCUCCCAGUUCCCUGAAGACCAAUCGUUCUUCACACAGACCCAUCUUUAAAGUGUGCCAUUACCUGAAUGAUACUGAUUCUCUCUGAUCGGCCAGUGAAGUUUUGUAGGCACUAUGGUUGACAAAGGCUUGCUUAGAGUAGGCAUCAUUGACACACAUUAAAAAUGUUCCAAUCUUAUCUUUGGAACAAGUGCAUCUUAAUUUUUACUUAAAAAGUCCAGCUCUUAUUUUAAGUUUCUGCUAUUUUGCUACAGAGGAAUAUAGUGUUGUACCCCUGUUGUUGAAUCCUUUAAUCAUUUUAAAUUCCAAAUGGAUCACUCUACAACAUUCCUAACUCAUGGGAAAACAAGCCAUAUUUAUGCCCUCAUAAUCUAUCCUUUCAAGUCCCGGCAGCAUUCUAGUGUCUGUACUGUACCCUUUACAACACCAACUAAUUUAUCUUUCUCCAGAUUUGACAUUUACAACUAAGCCAAUUGACAUCUAACUAAAGUUUUGUACAACUGAGGCAAUACCUCCUUACUUUUGCAGUCCAAACUCAAGGAAAUGACAAAUAGCACUUGAAUAGAAUUUAUACUGCUUUAUGUACCCACUCACCAGCUUCUAGUGAUUUGUUUCUUGAAGAAAUUAAUUUGAUUUUCUUUCCUUUGAUCCCAAAUAUUCACCAACUUCCCAUUGAUGAACUCCAUUUAUCUUGCUAUUUAUUUGUCCCUUUUGUAACUUGCUCUUAACUGGUCCUCUUAAUUUAGUGUCAUCCUGCUUAAAUGUAAAUGUUCUUAGACCAUUAUCACAGUUAAAGGAUAUUUAUUUCAUGAAUAUGUAUAGAUUUUCCAAAUGGACUUGCACAGGCAUGGCUUCAUUAAGACUACGUAUUUGUUUCCAUUUUGCAAACUUCCUGAAUGCAACUCUGCUUCAGUUUACCUGCUCCUGAAAAUUUGACCAUGUCUCUGUUACUUGUUGACACAAUUAUUUCAAUGCACUUCAGUCUAACCUCCUUUGUUCUAUUUGUAAAUGAGGUCAUCCAAAAUUCAGCACUCCACAUCCUAAUUCAUACUAAGCCCCUCUUGUGGCUACUGAGUACAUUGGCUGCUAAUUAAAUAAAACCG